GCUAUGAUCUGUCGCUUUCGAAACAUCCUGAGCUGCCUUCGAAACAGCAGAUGCUCGACCUCCAGCGGAAUUCCAGAACGUCAGAAAGAAGACGAGGCACAGGUCGUCCUUCCAAACUCUGUUCCUAAAGCGUUAGCGGGAUAUGUCUAUCCCCAGUUGAAUCCCGGAUUGGAUAUGGAUGUUCGACACCAGUCACCGAGUGUUCUACUGCAUACAUCUGGAUUCUUGCGGCAUCGCUCUGGAAUACGCAACGUGUGCUGAACGUGUGGAAUAAUUUCGUGGAAGAGACCGCGUUAUAUCUGUUCCACUUGUGACGGCUGUUAUCCUUGGUCCGCUACAAAGUCCUCGCUGGAGACCGGGUGCAAGAUAUCCAUCUUCUUGGCCCCCUCCCUGGUGAUGCCCUAGUGAUUCCAGUCGUUGUUCGGCCAAUUGGAUGCCUGUUUACGCGGCAGACGUGCUGUGGUCCUCGGUGUUGAGAACGCUGGUCGUCCAGUGUGGUGCGGUACGAUGAGCAGUCGCAAGAAGGUGGACGGGGCGUCGUUUCGCGCCUUGACCAAUCCAAACACUAGUCGUCGCGCCAGUUUGCCUUACCGUAACGUGAUGGACUUGGCCAAAGCUCUCUGCAAGACGUGCCGUCAGCGGAGGGCCAGCUACGCCGCCGGGGUCAUCAUCGCGUUGCCCGGAAUUAUACAGACCCUGCAGCCUGAGGACCGUGUGCCGGGUAGCGGGAGCGCCUUGGGUCCCGAUGGCGCCCCGCAGCACUCUCCUCACAGUCGCAGUGGGUCUGGAGCCAGUUCCGCGGCGCUCGGCGGAGGGGGCGCCAGCGUGGCCAGCAGUGCCAGCAGCGGGGACGACGAAGCAGGAGGUACCUCCAGCACGGCGCCCCCUCCUCCACCCGCGGUCGUCGAAAGAGAAGACAUCCUGGUCCUCACGCACGACGUCCGAGGGUUCAAGGAAGCCCUCGGUCGGCUGCGCAAGAUCUUCCACCCUGACUACCGGGAGAAACAAGAGACGAUGCGGGUGGCGGCCCACGAGCGCUUGGGCGAAGUCCUGCGUAUCCUGCGCUCCAUCCUGGAAAAAUACCCUCCCAUCCAGUCGACGGAGCUUCUCAUGGCGGCAGGGACGCUCAUCCAACACGUGAAAGGACACAGCUAUGGCUCGGAGGAAAAGUCUGAGAGUCUAGAGUUCUUCGAAGCGAUCGACCAGCUGGCCCUGGCUUUCAGCAGUCGAGUGUCCGAAUACUUGAUGGGAGAUUUGGAUACCUCCAUAAAUGCCGUCAGUAAAACGAGGAGUUGCGAUAACUUGCUGUCGCCCGAUAAGGAUUCCGAUGGGCUCAGUCGAAUGUACGAGUCGUCUGCAUUGACGGGUCAACAAGUGGACAGCAGGCUGAUGAGGAUAAGCGAAGGUGUGGAACUGUCCCUGAAGCGUGCCAAAGUGUGGUCCAAGUACGCCAAGGAUGUUAUGACGUACGUGGAGAAAAGAGCCAAUUUAGAGGCCGAGCAUGCAAGGAAUCUCCUGAAACUCGCUCAAACCAUGCGGCCUGUUUUGAAAGAAGAGAGCUUCCUACCGUUCCAGUCCAUCUACUGCACUGCAAUAGAUCAGGACCUGGACAAUGCCAACAACUGCUUGUCAAACUGCACCCUCUUGCACGAUCACAAAUUUGUUGAGCCCCUGAGUGCAAGGAGGAAUGAGCACGAGAAGAUGCGCAAACAGCUCAAGGAAAUGUGGCAGAGGGAGCUGAAGAAAAUGCAAGAGUGCGAGACUAACGUCCGCAAGGCUCGAGCGCUGUACAUUCAGAGACAACAGGAACACGACAAAGCCAAAGAAUCAGCGCAGAGAGCGGAGGCCCACGAAGGGACCGACGGUACGGGGCGUAGUGAACGCAAGCGGAGACUAGAAGACGACGCCCUUCAGCGAGCACGAGAUGCGGAGACAACUUACAAGGCCUGCGUGGUUGAAGCCAACGAGAGGCUACUAGCGCUUGAGCGAGUCAAGGCAGAAGUGCUUCAGCAGGUGCGAGAACUGAUCUGUCAGUGUGACCAAACCAUGAAAGCGGUCACCGUGGCCUACUUCCAGCUUCAACAUACCGUCUCUGCACCGUCUCCGGUGCAGUUUCAAACAUUGUGCGAGAGCAGUCGUCUGUACGAACCCGGCUCUCAAUACAUGGAAUACAUAAAGCGCAUACCCAUCCCGUUGUCCCGCGAAGAGGCUGGCAGACCCCAGUUGUUCACCUUUGAGCCUUACGCCACCGAUGCGAGAUCCGAGAGAGACAGACGGUACAAUGACGGGACAGAGAAUGUCGACGACUCAUUCAACCAUGCAUCUGGUGAAUCCAGGCUGGAUGCUAGAAGCAAACGGAGGGAGCAUGUUCAGGAGAAGCACACCGGAGGCGGCAGCGACUCCGACAGCAGCUGUCCCAGCAACAAGUCCGUGGACACCAGUCCGACCGCUAGUCCACAGAUUCCCACGCGGACUUUGCUGACAGUGUCCUCCGGAGACGAGCUCGACACUGACCACGACAAUGACAGCGGAUUGGGGUUGUGCCGUAAGAUGUGCUUAUCCCGAGCUGCCGAAACCCAUUCCUUUCGGAAACUCCGGACUCCGUCUCGGUGUCGAGAAUGCGACUCCUACGUCUACUUCCAGGGAGUGGAGUGUUUGGAGUGUGGGCUGUCAUCACAUAAGAAGUGUUUAGAAACACUCGCUAUCCAGUGCGGUCACAAGAGGCUCCCGCGGAAGAUGACCACUUUUGGCGUUGACCUAACCGACCACACGGACGAAGCCAACCAAGACGUGCCCUUUAUCGUUCGCAAGUGCAUCGAUGAGAUUGACAGGCGUGGCUACAUGGUCAAAGGUAUCUACCGUGUGUCGGGAGUCAAGUCCAAGGUGGAAAAGCUGUGCCAGUGCUUCGAGAACGGAGCCGACCUCGUCGACCUCGCGGAUGUGCAUCCCAACGUUGUUGCCAAUGUGCUGAAGCUCUACUUAAGACAACUGCCUGAACCGUUGCUCACGUACAAGCUCUACCCCGACUUUAUCAGCAUCGCAAAAGAACACCUCCCUGGCCGAGAGGGCGAUGAGGGUGCCCUGCUGGGUGCGCUCAAGAGAGCCGUGAGGGCAUUGCCUUCAGUGCACCAACGCACCCUGUCCUACCUUCUUCAACAUCUGCGACGUGUGGCCGAUCAUUCCGCCCUUAAUAACAUGCCGGCGUCCAAUUUGGGUAUUGUCUUUGGACCCACGCUCUUACGCACCAGUGAGGGCAGUGCCUCGCUGAGUUCGCUCGUGGACACCGUCCAUCAGACGAGGGUAAUCGAGCUCCUCAUCACGUACGCCGACCAGAUCUUUGGGUCUGAAACAGACGACGCAUCUGGCAUGAUGGAAGGGGUGUCGAGGCGAUCCGGUUCACUGGGACUCGCCACCAGUCCCUCACGACUCUUGGACAGCAAGAGCGGCAGUCCCCUGAGUCGUACGGUCUCGGCUGCCAGUCAGACGAGCGACGACUGGGACGAACGUCUCACGGGGGGGAGCUCUCCCGUCAGUCACGGUAUCGCGGACGACCUCGAACGGCUUAAUUUGGACGACAUCGGUCGAUCGUCGGACAAAUGGCACGCAGAAAUGUUCGAAGAAGACACACAUUCAGAGGGACGAGACGCACAUUCUCCGCGUAGCUUCCUCGGGUGCACCUCCCACCUGGAGCACGAGUUUCCCCCGGUUCCUCCGCCCCGAAGGGGAGGCUCCGGGGGAAGCCACAGUCCACGGGAGAGGUCUAUGGAAGUCCCUUCGAGCCAAGACGACGACGACGACUUCACUUCGAUUGCUUCCAUCACCCUAUCUGCUCAAAAGCAGACGGCGAACGCCCAGCAGGGAUCGAAACCGACCAACGUUGCGGAGCUUCGCCGACAGUUUUUCGAGGCUCCAUCUACGAGCUCCAGCUUGGAGGAACUGCGGGCUUCACAGACGUCCAGUCCCAAGGUGGUGUCCCCCGCGGUGGCAAGGCUUCUUUCUUCAGCACGGACUUCGAGCGAGCCCCAACUCUCUGGCUGUGAAGCCAUGGCUGCAACGUCCCUGCCUUCCGCUUUACUCAGGGAUACAAGGGACCCCGUUGGGGAAGCUGUCGGACGCUACGUAUCCCCCUUUACAAUGGGUGGAGGGUCAGGACGAAGCUCCCUAUAUCAUUGGUCUAAUGCUGCGCCGGCUUCUACUCUCAUCGGCUCUGGCACCUCUUCACUCAGGGGACACCACGCUCCGCUGCGUGAAAGUGUCUCUCUCAAAAAACAUUGGUACAGCACGGAGGAAAACAGCCAGGCCAACGACCACAACUCUUCGUCCUCCUUCUACCAGGAGUUUGAAUCUUCGUCCAUGGUGGACUCGGCCGAGGAACCCAACGGCGUGUCUCACCGCAGCCACGACAGAAUGUCGGACGGCGACCGGCGAUCCGACGGCUCGGAGUCUCCACUAGAUCGCGUGCCACGCUUCGUGUAGAUGAAGCUAGGAGUCAUGUACAGAUGAUCAUUACUGUGUCUUUGCGAAAAGACCAUCUUACUUACGAGAACGUCUCGUUUAGCAUGAGUGGGUUCGUGACUGAGGUCGUUGUACUUUACAUUUAACUUAUCGGACCUCCCUUUCUAUAGAGGCAGCUGGGGCAAAUGUUAUGCAUAGCUUAGACAGGUUGCUCUGAUUUUUGGGCCCUCUGCUCGACACCGAAACUACUUUAGGUAUUGAGCGUCGGAAGAACAUUUGAUGCGGAUUCUAGCGUCUAGAACGGUACCUUACCGUACCACUUUGGGAAGGGCAAACCCCCUUCCCCCCUGAGGGAAGACAGAGACACUUUUCAGUUCCUCCUGUGUUCGAAGUUGCACUUUCAGAGGUCUUUUGCACUCUGUUGUAUGUGUGCCUUUUAGUCAGUCUCGUAGCGUGAAAAGUGUAUUUUAUGUGUGUUUUUUUUUUUUAGUUAUCAUCGUAAAUCUGUUCCAUUCUUGUAAUUAGUUUACGACUGUCGAAGCUUCCAUUGUGCAUGCUCCCUCCCUUCCUUCCCCUCCGAAAGAUAUCGCUCUUUAUCGCCUCAAAAGUAAGAUGCAGAAAUCUUAUCCGAUUACGUCUUCGCGAGUCAAAGCUCACGACUCAUCCUCUCGAACCGGUUUGACCGAGCACAAUACCUUCCGUUUUGCUCGUCUUUAUUUUCAUAGACGGCGCUGGUGGCUGGCGGGUGCACCCGUCGUCUGCUAUAUACCGACGGUGAUAUUUUAGCUGACAUUUUAAAGAAAAGCUAGCGUGUUUUCAGAGCAAUAGUGGAGUGGACGCGACGGACCCUGUUCUCCUUCCUCGGUCACUGCCACGUUCGUGACAUCCUCGUGCCUUGUGUGUUAUCUCUACCAAAAAUCGGUCGAAUUGAAAUCCAGUCAAUUCAAUUACUCACUGAGACACGACCGUACAGCACUUCCACGCUCAAGUGACUAAGAAUGUUUUAUACACGUGCACACAAACACACACGAGUACAGCACCAGUCUUUUACUUCCACCCCCGUUGUUUUUGCUCUGUACAGCUUUGUUGUGUUACAAAUCGUGCCCAGGGGAAAGGAAUGUACGGGAGACACAUCUGUGUGGACCAGGUGCGAGAAGGACGCCGACUCGCUCCGGUUCUUACGCAACGUCUACAGUAAACCCUCGUUAUAACCGAGACAACGGGAUGGGAAUGUGGGUUUCGGAGCACAAGGAAGCGCUGUGUGAGCCUUGAAAGGAGUAUUUAAGGGAGCAAACAAAACUUUGCGGUGAGCACUCUGGCAGUCUCUUCAGGGGAUGGUCGCAUACGCAAACCCCCCCAUGAAACCAAUACCGCUAUGUUUGGCAUCGGCCAAUUUUUUUUCGUCCUAAAAGCGUUUACAUAUUAAGGCGGGCGGACUCGCUUCUUAUGAAAGUCUAUGGGGAAUUUUUGUUCACAGCGUUCGUGUAAACCUCGCUAAAUUUCUACACAAAACAGGUACAGGUGUGCUCCUCUCGAGUUUGUUUAGGGAAUGGCACAUUUUUGAAGGCCCGAAGCGAUCCACUGAUUUUUGGCGAAUUAAAGUUCGUCAAAUUUUUAAUAGACGGAAGUCUGCUGUGGGAUAUGCAACAGAAUCUCUUCUCUCGGCACGCACGGCCACGGUAUCUGGGCCAAAAUGAUGUCAUUCCCUACAGUAACAGUCUAGGAACUGAUCGCUGCAGUUUAUCCGAUCCCUGCGUAUGAAAAUAACGGCUUUGUCGCUCGCUAGCAUGUUCCGCACGCUGGCGCCGAUUACACCACUUCCUUAGAGCGCGGGAGGAAAGCAAAAAACAAAAACAAUAUCCCGACGGUGUCGCCAUCCCUCGCCGGAAGCGUACGUUACUAGAUCUGCGUCUUCAGCCGCAGAAACUCCGGCGGCGUGACGUCACUUCCUAGGUCGUGCCCUCAUUGGUCCUUAGCGAGUGACGUUUUCUCGUUUUUCCAGACAGGGAAUUCCGGAAGACUCUCAACAUCCGGCGUUUGCUCUUUUCAUGUAUUCCGUCGAAUAACAGUGAAACCACGCCGUAGUUUCGAGAUCGCGCUUCGCACUCGGUCGGUGUACAGGGCGAAAAAGCGAUUUCGUUGUAACGAGGGUUUACUGUACGUUACCAGUAGCUGUUUGUCAGCUGCUGCAUGUCGCAGGUUCAGGGCUACAGCGUCCGACUUCACCCUGUGCCUGCGUAAUAUACGGUGUCCCGAGCAUUCUUUUCUCUGCGCAGACAAACAGCGCGGUGUAGCUUGUCUUGGCUGCGUCGCGAGGCAACCAAUGCAAAAUGCCGCCGUUUCCGAUCCCAUGUAUGCUAGUCAACUAAAGAGCUUUGUCGCUGCUAACACAAGAAGCGUAACGGUCCGUCGCUUGACAUCGCCGUUUGCCCUAAAAGCAAAUUAUGUGAAAGAAAUUAAUAUAAGAUGUGUACAUAGCCACAUAUAUUCGUAACUAUAUACAUUCUUACAUCUCUGCAUCAGCAUUGUCUGUAAAGUGCGAUACAAAUAAUAUGACAUUGUUGACUCGUA